AGGGGGAGGUCUUGCUGCUGAAAAAACGUUGUGUGUCAGUUUGGUGUGUAGUUCUCUUUCUCCCUUGAGUCUUUCUUACUGUAGCUCAGUCUCUCUGGUCUGCCUGUCUCUGUGAGGUUCAGACACACUAGGAAAAAGGGUCGCCGGGCUGCAUGCUAUAGCCACAGCGGUGGACUUUCUCAUUGGGAGGCAAUUCUGAGGCAGUAGACCAUUCUGAGGCAAUGCUAAGGAAGGUCCGUUAGUCCUGUCAUCUGGAUUCUAGAUGAGGAUGCUUUAAAGAAGUACAUUCUGUACCCAUUAGAGCUCAGGAUUCUGGGAUACACACAGGAACACAGCUGACAGAGUUUGCCAACUAACUCUAUACCACUGAACAGGACUGAGAAGAGCAGUUGAACAGGUAGAUGGAGAAGCAGCUGACUAUUGGCCUGUCUCUGUUGCUGGUGCUCCUCCUAGUCAUGCCUGAGGUGGGGGGGCGGAAGGAAGAGACCCAGAAGCGCCCGUCCCGCUCCUCAGAGCUAAAAGCAGGCCGCUGCUCCUACACCUUUAUCGUUCCCCAGCAGAAACUGAAGGGGGCGCUGUGCGUGAGCACCGAGUCCACCACCGGCGCCUCCAACCACUCAGAGGUAACGGCUCUGCGGGGUGAGUUGAGCCGUCAGCAGGAACAGCUGGAGAAGCUAAGGGGCCAGCUGGAGCAGGAGGGGGCCCUGGUUACGGAGGUACGGGCGCUACGGAAAGAGAGCGGCAGCAUGAACUCCCGCAUCGCCCAGCUCUACGCCCAGCUGCUGCACGAGGUUAUGUACAGGAAGGACCAGGUGGUCGAACAGAGGCGGGUCGAGAACAUACUGCUCAACGCCACCGCACAGAUGCUGCAGAUCUCCACUAGUUACAGGGAGCUGGAGAAGAAGUAUGGAGCCCUCACCUCCACGAUGAGCAACCAGAGUCAGCUCAUCGCCCGGCUGGAGAAGCUGUGCCAGACCACCAAGAACACUACUCCACCUCCACAGAUGACCUCUGAACCCCUGAGUAUCCAGUCCAGUGGGCGUCUGAAUGACAGCUCACAGUCCAAGGAGAUGGCUAAUGAUGUUCAGAGAGACCAGGGCGCCCCUCCACUACAGCCACAGGAGGAGAGAGAACCCCUGCAGGGGACAAAGGUGCUCCCCACCACCAUGGCCGACACCCCUACUGACGCCCCCUUCAUAAGCUUCCCUGUCACUAAGACCCCAGGACCCUGGAGGGACUGCCAGCAUGUGCUGGACUCGGGCGAGACCACCAAUGGGAUCUACCUGCUGCGUCCACAGAGCGCCAACCGGCUUCUGCAGGCCUGGUGUGAACAGACCAAGGCCCAGGGAGGCUGGACCGUCAUCCAGAGGAGACAGGACGGAUCAGUCAACUUCUUCAGGACCUGGGAGCAGUACAAGCAAGGCUUUGGGAACCUGGAUGGAGAGUACUGGCUGGGUCUGGAGCACCUCUACUGGCUGACCAAGCAGGCCCACUACAAGCUUCGGGUGGCCAUGGAGGACUGGCAGGGCCGCCAGGUGUUUGCAGAGUACGACAGCUUCCGCCUGGAGCCUGAAAGCGACUGGUACCGUCUGAGGCUGGGGGAAUACCAAGGCAACGCCGGAGACUCAAUGUCCUGGCACAAUAACAAAGCCUUUACAACUCUGGACAAGGAUAAGGAUGCUUAUUCAGGGAACUGUGCCCACUUCCAGAAGGGGGGCUGGUGGUACCACAUGUGUGCCCACUCCAACUUAAACGGCGUGUGGUAUCGAGGGGGUCACUACCGCAGCCGCUACCAGGACGGGGUUUACUGGGCAGAGUUCCACGGUGGCUCCUACUCCCUCAAGACAGUCACCAUGAUGAUCAAACCCACCUAACCCUCUUCCCGUUAGAUAUACACUACAGGAGGUUGGUGGCAUCUUAAUUGGGGAGGACGGGCUCGUGGUAAUGGUUGGAGUGGAAUAGUUUCAAAUGUGUUUGAUACCAUUCCAUUCACUCCAUUCCAGCCAUUAUUAUGAGCCGUCCUCCCCUCAGCAGCCUCCUGUGUUAUACACAUGUCAAUCAUGCAUCACGGCAAUAUUAUGGUUCCUUCACGGAUAAGGAAGGAUGUUAAUGAAGUUCUUAUAUGUUAAACAGGUAUGUUAAUAAGACAGCGUUAGACUGACAUGCCAACACAACAUGUGGAAUUGUUUUCUAACUGCAAUGUAUUUAUUUGAUCAAAAAUUGUAAAACAAUGUUUGAAGAUUACACCACAAGGUGAAGUAGGAGUAUGUUUCUUUUACUAAUGAGAACUGACAUUGUGGUUUGAUGCAGUGGUGUAAAGUACUUAAGUAAAAAUACUUUAAAGUACUACGUAAGUCGUUUUUUGGGGUAUCUGUACUUUACUAUUUAUAUUUUUGAUGACUUUUACUUUAUUACAUUCUUGAAGAAAAUAAUAUACUUUUUACUCCAUACAUUUUCCCUGACACCCAAAAGUACUCGUUACAUUUUUAAUGCUUAGCAGGACAGGAAAAUGGUCUAAUUCAAGCACAUAAAGAGAAAAUCCCUGGUCAUCUCUACUGCCUCUGAUCUGGCAGACUCACUAAACACAAAUGCUUUCUUUAUAAAUGAUGUGUGAGCGUUGGAGUGUGUCCCUGGCUAUCGGUAAAUAAAAGAAUGUGCUUAAUA